CAACCUGAGGUUCCACUGUAUAUUAUAUUCUGUCUCACAUCACUCAAGCAACAUAUAUGUGGUUCCCAUGCAGGUGUGAUGUUAUGCUGAGCCCAUUUCACUAAUACUUUGUAACACAUUAGUUAACUGGGAAGGCAUCAGUUGGGUAAAGGAAAACCCCACUUCUAAUUUAAUUACAGAGGAUGAGGGAAAGGUGGUAUAAAGUCUGAACCUAGGAAGGCACUAAAUGCUGUAUUUUUUCCUACUAUUGGGUUACUUAACACAUACUUGAGUAGAAUAAUAGAGGAUAGUUAUCUUUUAAAAUAGCAUUGCUUAAAAUCUAUUUUUCUAAUUAGUUGUUCUGAAGCAAAAUGUGUUGAGAGAAAUGGAAUGAAAAUACAGCUGUCUUAACACCGGUUCUGCUCUGAAGUUAUCUGUAUAACUACUCGCUUGUUCUUGUGGAAAAUUUACUCAAAUAGCAGAAUUGUGUGUUCAUUAUGCUUGCACUUGGUGACCUCCCUGCCGUGGUUGUCAUAAUUUAUGCAAAACUUGAAAGUUUUCAAGGCUAUUGAACUAAUGGUUUGCUAGUCUAGAAUCAAUAUUGCUAAAUUGUUUUUACCUGUAUUGUAGAGACCUAACUGGGUUACAUUAAAUUGGCUUACACCAUGAAACUAUACAAGUGGAAAUUGGUCCAAAAGAGGGUGGGGGUUGGGGUUAAAUUAUGAAAGACUUGGAAGUAUUCUAGCUUGCUGUGUGUUUCUUGUGUCACUUUUUGCCAUGUGUAGUGCUGAAAAGUGUCUCUUGUGUAUAGCUGCCUUGGCUGUCGAAGAGCUUGGCUUUGAGCGAUUUCAUUCAUUAAUUCACAAGCAGUCAUUCACAAGCUUUCCUGAUUUCAAAGAAGCAGUUUGGAAUCAGUAUUCAGUCUGGACAAACAAAUUUGGAGUGUUGCUUUUUCUGUAUUCUGUGAUACUGACAAAGGGCAUUGAAAACAUAAAAAAUGAAAUUGAAGAUUCAACUGAGCCAUUAAUAGAUCCAGUGUAUGGCCACGGAAGCCAAAGCUUAAUUAACCUCCUGUUGACGGGGCAUGCAGUAUCUAACGUCUGGGAUGGAGACAGGGAAUGCUCAGGAAUGAAACUACUUGGAAUACAUAAACAAGCAACUGUUGGUUUUUUGACACUUAUGGAAUCUUUAAGAUACUGUAAGGUUGGCUCCUAUUUGAAGUCCCCAAAGUUCCCUAUUUGGAUACUUGGCAGUGAAACUCAUCUCACAGUCUUUUUUGCCAAGGAUUUAGCUCUUGUUGCUCCUGAAGCUCCCUCAGAACAAGCCAGACGAGUCUUUCAAACGUAUGACCCUGAAGAUAAUGGUUUUAUACCAGACAGUCUUCUAGAAGAUGUAAUGAAGGCUUUGGACCUUGUAUCAGAUCCUGAAUAUGUAAAUCUCAUGAAAACAAAAUUAGAUCCAGAAGGACUAGGAAUCAUAUUACUAGGUCCCUUUCUUCAAGAAUUUUUCCCUGAACAGGAGUCCAAGGUUCAAGAAUCAUUCACCGUAUACCACUACAAUGGAUUGAAGCAAUCUAAUUACAAUGAAAAGGUCAUGUACGUCGAAGGUACAGCAGUGAUUAUGGGCUUUGAAGACCCAAUGCUACAAACUGAUGAUACUCCAGUCAAGCGCUGUUUGCAGACUAAAUGGCCAUACAUAGAACUACUCUGGACCACAGAUCGAUCCCCUUCGUUAAAUUGAUGCUAAGAGAAGACCAUGUACUUACAAAUAUCCAACAUUUUGAAUGAGGGUUGGGUAGGCAGCUGCCUUUAUUUUAAAAAAAACAAACAAGCAAACUAUACUUUUGACUGCGUGGCUAUACACUGGUGUCACCGAGAAACUGUAAAUAAACACUUUUCAGUGUUGAUUAGACUAUUUAAUUUUUUUAACAAUUGGAUUGAUUUGUUUUAUACCAACUAUUUCCUCCUUGGCCAUUGUAGUACAGUUAUUGUGAGUUCUCACCCAGAAGCCUCCUUGUUCAGCCCAAAAAUAACCUGGAAAAUGGUCUAGUAGUGCAGUAUCUGCAUAUUAGAUUAAAUUGGUCUUAAACAUCAUCAUAGUAUUCAACUGUUUACACAUUUGUUUGCCAUAUGUUUUAUUUGGAUCAUUCUGCCUUAGGGCACAACCCAUCGGGAAAUUCCCAUACAUGUACCCCACUAAAAAGGAUGGAUGAGAGCUGUGCACGAGCAUGGUAGCUUUUACCCAGUUCUCAGGGCUUAUUCAAGGCAGCUGUUGGGUGGGUUUUGGCAUACACUGCAGUAUCACAACUUUGGGGCUAGAUUGGCAUUUGCACUGAAUAUGUUUAGAUGAGUUAAAUUUCUGCUGCUCACUUCUAGAAAUCUUAAAACUCAUCUACAUGGCUUUGCACAAACAGCAAAAAAAUGAUGUGGGGUAUUUUUUUUAAUGGCUAAUUAUAAAUGAUUAAUGCUAUUUAUUGGCAGUUGCAUUGUUCCCAGAAUUUACAUAUUUGGCACACUGAAAGUCAAAGCAAGAUUUAAGAAGAACAGAAUAAUAAUAUUUGAUUUCGUAUAAAGGAAAUAUAAAAAAGCCUUAACAGCAGAGAGAAUUUGUGCUGCGAUUUUUGAAGCUGUUCAUGUUAUUAUUGCCAAAUACCUCUUCUCAACAUGUCCUAACAAAAAACGUAAGCCAGCACUAUUGUAUGUGUUACAUGCAUGAAAACAUCUGUUAUUCAAGUAGUAUAGUCCAUUAUUUAUUCUCUAGCAGGGCUUAAUAAAAAUCUACCCAAAUAGUGAA